AAUUUGCAGAAAAACUAAAAAAAACGAAAAAGAAUUAGAACUAGAAUUGAGCUAACAAUAGAAGAAUGGAAUUCAUUGUAGAAGAAGGCAAGCAGCUUCAUAAAGAUUGCACUACUCUAAUUCUGCCUGCGUUAUCGAUAGGAAAUGUCGGCCAACUAGCGGUGGAUCUAUUAGUUUCGGCGACAAAAGCCGAGAGAAUCGGCUAUCUAGACGAUCCCUAUAUACUUCCUUGCGUUGGAAAUGAUGCCUAUGGUCCAAUUCCUUGCGGCGAACUCUCUCUGUCUCUUGAAGCUUAUGAUUCGCCUGCGAAUGCGCUAACUCUUGUGCAACAACGAUCACCUGUUGUUCAGGGGAAGAUGGUUGAAUUUGCUAAAAACUUAGCAGAGUUUGCUGCUGCUAGUGGAAAGAAGCAUGUCAUUUUGCUUUCAGGAUUAGACUUUGGGAGAUGGCAAACAAUCGAUUUUUCCAGUGGUAGGAAGACAUAUUACCUAUCUAGCACCAGCACAGAUGGAACAGAAGACACUUGUGAACAACUUGGUUGGAAGAGACUGCAAGAAUAUAACCCUGCUCAGAGGUCUUGGAAAUAUCUUAGUUCUUUAGCUGAGGGAAAUACGACACAAGAAGACAGAUUGCCUUAUGAAGAUGAAUUAGAAGAUGAAGAUUACUAUCCAAGUCUGCCUUUUGCUGCCCUUUUUUCUUGUUUCAAGGCAAAAGGUUUGAAAGUCACUUGCUUGUUCUGUUACUGCUCUGAAGGAGAUAACAUAAGUGAUGCAUUUCAUUUGGCUGAAGCAGCAAGCAAAAUUUCAGGGCUUAGUCCUGAUAGUUUCCGUGGUGGAGAGGAGGGUAAAUGGUCAAUCCCAUUUUCAUGGAAUUCCGUUUAUGGACCGCCCCCAGAUAUGUCUAUAUUUUAGCAUAUUGUUGAUCAGACAACCAAAGAUAAUAUCAAUAGCAAUUAGCGAGUAACAAGAAGUACCCACCUGCCUUUAGAUUGCGUCGGAAAUCCUGAAAAUGUUUGAUCAACAGAGAGAAAUUACAUUGACAGAAUUGUAAAGGGAUACCAAAUGCUAUGAUACGAUGUAACUUUUUUUGCUUAGAUCGGGUUCACGAUGGACCACUUUUGCAUGAGUGAACUCUACGGUGUUUAUGAAUGAAAGACUCGAUCCAGGCAAGAAAUUCCUAUAAUCUGCAAGAGUUUAUUUGGUCUAAAGAUGGUGGCAAAACUGAUAGAAUUUGAUUUUGAUUUUGGAUCUCA